AUGUGUUAUUUCAUUGUCGAGGGUACAUGGCCUGUUGAUGGUACUGCCCAUUGUCUGGCCAACCAAGUCGACGCGGGAUUUCCGAGAGACUUGGGAGAGACCUUGUCGUUGUUCAUCCGACAUUUCGUGCAGCUGGCGAACGGCGAACACCGUAUCUAUCGUGCCUCUAUUAGUUUUUUCUUCUUCUUUGUUCUUCCUUGGUAUAUAUCUUUCUUUUUUUGGUUCUCCUUUCUCUCUGCCUUCCUUGUUAUUUUUAUGUUUGUUUGUUUACUUAUGCAUUUCUACUUUUACUUUCACUUUCCCCGCACCUAUGCUGAUAUCUUUCUUUCUUCUUUUUUUUUUCUCAAUACAUUUCUCUCUCCUUCUAUUUCUCUUGUGUUGUUUUUCCUUUCUUCUUUUGCGUAUUUCCUUUUCAUGCUUCCUAAUUUCUUUCUUUUUAAUUUUUCCUUGUUUUCUUAUGACUUUUUUACUCUUUUUAUUUUUCCACUUUCUUCACUUCUUUUCCUCUUUCUUUCUUUUCCUUUUUCCUUCUUUUCCACCCUCUUAUUUUUCUCUUUAUUUUCCUCUUUCCUUCUGUUUUUCUUUCUUUUCCUCCAUCUUUCUUUUACUCUUUCCUUCUUUUCCUCUUCCUUCUUUAUUUUCCUCUUUCCCUCUUUUCCUCCUUUAUUUUCCUCUUUGUUAAUUUUCCUUUUUCUUUCUUUUCCUCUUUCCUUAUGUUCAUCUUUCAUUCUUUUCCUCUUUCCUUAUUUUCCCCCUUCCUUAUUUUCCUAUUGUUUAUUCAUUGUUUCCAGUCUCCGCAUUUUCUUUAAUGAAAUCGGUCUUUUUUCAACUUCUUUGUUCCUUUGUCGUUUCCGUUCGGAAUAA